UGUAAAUAUUUUCCUUUCAAUUCCUAAUGACUUUGUCUAUAAAAAACUGAACAAAGAAUUGUGUAUAAAUUACUGUAUCAUAUAGUGAGAUUUGAAUUUUUCUUCUGCUAGAUAUGAAUAUGAUUAAGAUACUCUCGAAUUAUUUAUUUUAUUGUAUUUUGCUGAGAAAUAUAUAGAAGCAAGUUGGUGUAUAUCGAAAUCGUUGAUGUCAUGGUCACUGCUAAGAACUUGACAAACAUCCCUCAGCUACAUUUUUAUAAGAAUGGUCGUUGCUAUUAGUGUUAAUUAAUCAAGUUUUCCUUGGUAAAACUAAAGUAUAUAGUAUUUGAUAAGCGUCUGAUAGUUGACUUGGGCGAAAUGAAGCAGUGAAUAAUGAGGCAACAUGAGAAUAAGUCAUUGCUCUAUUGGACUUUGACCCUAAUAGUCAACGAGGAUUGAGAAUAAUCUGCAUACCGCAGGCUGCAAGCCCCGUGGUUUUGGAAUAUCAUUACUUUGUUUGCGAGUUUCUAAAAGGCUACUAUACUACAUAUUCCUCAUUAUUGUAUAGGGAACCAAAGCCGCCAGAUUUUUAUUUGCUCAUAAUCUCAACAGUCAUCCUGGUUGUGAAAGAAUUUUUUGUCUCCGUUUCGUUUAGGAAAAAAAAAGCUUUUCCAACCCAUGGGGGUUCCUUGUAUUGUUAUGAGACUGAUUCUUGUAUCUGCUUUACUUGUCUCUGUGUCACUUGAACAUUCAGAUAUGGUCUGUGCACAAACAAUCAGAUUGACGGAGGAGACUGAUAAACAAGCAUUGCUUGAGUUCAAGUCUCAAGUUUCUGAAACAAGUAGAGUUGUGUUGGGCUCGUGGAAUGACUCCCUGCCUCUCUGUAGCUGGACCGGUGUUAAGUGUGGCCUCAAACACAGGAGAGUAACUGGUGUGGAUCUUGGAGGACUAAAACUAACCGGUGUAGUCUCUCCCUUUGUUGGUAACCUCUCAUUUCUUAGAUCUUUGAAUCUUGCAGACAACUUUUUCCAUGGUGCCAUCCCUUCAGAGGUUGGAAACUUGUUCAGGCUUCAAUAUUUGAACAUGAGCAAUAAUUUAUUUGGAGGGGUGAUUCCGGUUGUUCUGUCGAACUGCUCUAGCCUGUCAACACUUGAUUUAUCAUCAAAUCAUCUUGAACAAGGCGUGCCUUUGGAGUUUGGUUCGCUGUCUAAGCUUGUCCUUCUCUCUCUUGGUAGAAACAAUCUAACAGGGAAGUUUCCUGCCUCAUUGGGAAACCUGACAUCACUCCAGAUGCUCGAUUUUAUAUAUAACCAAAUAGAAGGAGAGAUCCCUGGGGAUAUAGCCAGACUGAAACAGAUGAUCUUUUUCCGAAUAGCAUUAAACAAGUUUAAUGGGGUUUUCCCUCCUCCAAUUUACAACCUGUCUUCACUAAUAUUCCUGUCCAUUACCGGCAACAGUUUCUCUGGCACCCUUAGACCUGACUUUGGUUCUCUUCUCCCUAACCUUCAAAUACUAUAUAUGGGGAUAAAUAGUUUCACGGGUACCAUUCCAGAGACACUUUCCAAUAUCUCAAGUCUUCGACAACUUGAUAUUCCGUCUAACCAUCUUACUGGAAAGAUACCAUUGAGUUUCGGAAGACUUCAGAAUCUAUUACUGCUAGGCCUUAAUAAUAACUCUCUGGGAAACUACUCUUCUGGUGAUCUUGAUUUUCUUGGUGCACUGACUAACUGCAGUCAGUUGCAGUAUUUGAAUGUUGGCUUCAACAAACUCGGCGGUCAGUUGCCUGUCUUUAUAGCCAAUCUCUCCACCCAAUUAACUGAGCUCUCUCUUGGUGGAAAUCUCAUCUCUGGAAGUAUUCCUCAUGGCAUAGGGAAUCUUGUAAGCCUGCAAACAUUAGACUUGGGCGAAAAUCUGUUGACAGGCAAACUUCCUCCCUCAUUGGGAGAACUUUCUGAAUUGAGAAAAGUCUUGCUCUAUUCAAAUGGACUGUCUGGAGAGAUACCAUCUUCCUUGGGGAAUAUCAGUGGGCUAACAUACCUGUAUCUGCUUAACAACAGUUUUGAAGGAAGCAUCCCUUCAAGUCUUGGAAGUUGCAGCUACCUUCUAGACUUGAACCUCGGUACUAAUAAGUUGAAUGGCAGCAUACCCCAUGAGCUUAUGGAACUUCCAUCUCUUGUCGUCUUAAAUGUCUCAUUUAAUUUGUUGGUUGGCCCUUUGAGACAAGACAUUGGAAAGCUUAAAUUUCUAUUAGCUCUAGACGUUUCAUACAAUAAACUAUCAGGACAGAUUCCACAAACCUUGGCGAAUUGUCUCUCACUAGAAUUCCUUUUGCUGCAAGGGAAUUCAUUUGUUGGGCCCAUUCCAGAUAUAAGAGGGUUGACUGGCCUCAGAUUCCUAGAUCUGUCGAAGAAUAAUCUCUCUGGUACAAUACCUGAAUAUAUGGCGAACUUUUCCAAACUGCAGAACCUGAAUCUCUCUUUGAACAACUUCGACGGAGCUGUGCCAACGGAAGGGGUAUUUCGUAAUACCAGUGCGAUGUCGGUCUUUGGUAACAUAAACCUCUGUGGAGGCAUCCCGUCAUUACAGCUUCAGCCAUGCUCUGUUGAAUUACCAAGAAGGCAUUCAUCAGUCAGAAAGAUAAUCACCAUUUGUGUCAGUGCAGUUAUGGCAGCACUUUUGCUUCUAUGUCUGUGUGUGGUUUAUCUAUGCUGGUACAAACUGAGAGUGAAGAGUGUCAGAGCUAAUAAUAAUGAGAAUGAUCGGUCUUUCUCCCCAGUGAAAUCGUUUUAUGAAAAGAUAAGUUAUGAUGAGCUCUACAAGACAACCGGUGGCUUCUCUUCCAGCAAUUUGAUUGGGUCGGGUAACUUUGGGGCUGUGUUUAAAGGAUUUCUUGGGUCCAAGAACAAGGCUGUUGCCAUUAAAGUUUUGAAUCUCUGCAAACGUGGUGCUGCAAAGAGUUUCAUAGCGGAAUGUGAAGCAUUAGGAGGUAUAAGGCAUCGCAACCUUGUGAAGUUGGUUACUAUCUGUUCAAGUUCUGAUUUUGAAGGAAAUGAUUUUAGAGCUCUAGUGUAUGAGUUCAUGCCUAAUGGAAACUUGGACAUGUGGCUGCACCCGGAUGAAAUAGAAGAAACUGGCAAUCCCUCGAGAACCCUGGGCCUUUUUGCGAGACUCAACAUUGCCAUAGAUGUUGCUUCGGCUCUGGUUUAUCUUCAUACUUAUUGUCACAACCCUAUAGCCCACUGUGAUAUUAAGCCAAGCAAUAUUCUACUAGACAAAGAUUUGACUGCUCAUGUAAGCGACUUUGGUUUGGCACAACUCCUACUAAAAUUUGAUCGGGAUACAUUCCAUAUUCAAUUCAGCUCUGCAGGUGUUCGUGGAACCAUUGGCUAUGCUGCACCAGAAUAUGGUAUGGGAGGUCAUCCAUCAAUUAUGGGAGACGUGUACAGUUUUGGUAUUGUCCUAUUGGAGAUUUUCACUGGAAAAAGACCCACCAAUAAGUUAUUCGUGGACGGUUUAACUCUACAUAGUUUUACUAAAUCAGCAUUGCAGAAACGACAAGCACUAGAUAUCACAGACGAAACUAUUCUCCGUGGUGCAUAUGCUCAGCAUUUCAAUAUGGUCGAAUGCUUGACCCUUGUGUUUCGGGUGGGAGUCAGUUGUUCAGAAGAAUCACCGGUAAACCGGAUAUCAAUGGCUGAGGCUAUAAGCAAGCUGGUCUCUAUCAGAGAAAGUUUUUUCAGAGACGAGGAGACUUAA